GAAAACCGACGUGCCGGAAGUGAUUAGGUGAUCGUACCAGCAAACAUUAGCAAUUAAAACAUAUUUGAUAACACAAAAUAUGGCAAACUCUAAAGCAAAAGACCCCGUGGACAUAGUUCACCAGAAUGCCAUUCAUGUCGAGACAAUAAUGAAGGAGCUGAGACACCAGAAGCUUUACACUGAGUUCAACAUCAACCCCUUCAAGAAACUGCACUUUCUAACUGACAAGCCCAUGUCCAACAUCGCCUACAGAAAAGAAGAGGAGGACCCUGCUUUUGUCCAGGCCAUACACAGGGCCCAUCUGGAGCCCACCAAAAAAUACUCUCACCCUCAGACUGAAGCACAGGAGAUAGGAUGGAUGUCAUGCCCUUUAUUUCUAUUUUCACACUCCAUAAUGGAUUCAUUCCCAAAUCGUUUCAGAUCGCAGUGACAGAAGACUAAAUUUUCCACGGCAGAACUCUGAAAUCACUAAAUACAUGGAUGCUGCAUGGAGGCUGAAGGAGCAAACACAAAAUUUGUGAUGACUGUUCAAGUUAUAUGUUUCUGAUUCCAUAUGCACUACGUAAGUCUAUAUAGAUAAGUCUAGUUAUCAUCUGUGGGAACUGCAAACUGGCCAUUUUUUGUUUUCGGACAUGAACACAAAAUGCAGGAGUACAAAUAUAUUUUAGAGAGCACAUACUCACUGAUACAGAUAUGCUAGGUUGGGUUUGCACAGAGGCUGGAGGUCUCAAAAUCCCCUGAGCUGCCCACCUAGACGGUGUUUUUACCGUUUUUCAAAGCAGGUCAUUCGAUUUGAAGACACAGCCGGGGUGUUUAGAAAUUCAAUGGUGUAUCUAGAGAUAUGUUAAAGUGGGUCAAACGGCCACCAUUCAUCACUAUGAACGUGUCUGCUCCUGUCCUGCAGAAUCUCUGCAUAGUAAGCAAAAGAGAUUAGUUCAUAACUAAUCGAUCUUAGAUAAUGCCAUAUUAUACAGAAAUAGGAUUCACACUGAUUGUUUUGCAAAUGUGCCUUUUUCACAAGAAAAAUCAAUAACUGUGACCAUAAUUAACUGGUGGUUUAUUAGGACAUAUUACCUAUAACGUAUCGGCCACUUGGGUCAGGAUUUAUUAUAUUACUUCCCCCAAAAGAAAUGUGCUUUAUAUGAAGAUACAGUAGUAUUUUUGUUGUUUCUUACAGAAAUGCACUGAAAUCGCCUGUACUCAGUUUUCGUAAAAUAAAAUCAGUAAUUAGUUCACACUAAAAUAAAAAUUCUGUCAUAAUUUAUUUACCCUGAUGUUUCAAACCUGCAUCGAGUCUCUUCGUGUGAUCAACUGGUGCUGGUCGCCAUUAACUUUCAUGUUAUUUUUUUCCCCAUGCAAUGGGAGCUAAUGGGUACCAGCAACUGUUUGGUCACCAACAUUAUUCUAAAUAUCUUCUUUUGUGUUCAACAGAAGAUAACAGCUUAAAUAAUGACAGAAUGGUCAUUUUGUGUGGACUAUCAAUUUAAUGUUAUAGAGGAAUGGAAGCAUGUAUCCCUGGACACCAAAAAUGUAAUAAAAACAUAUCAUUUU